AUGAAUAUCCUUCGCCCGUUAUCUCCUCAUCUUCCUAUUUAUAAGCCACAGCUCACUUCGACGUUUCCAAUUUCCCAUAGAAUCUCCGGGGCUUUCCUAGCCACUCUCGUUUUGUUUUUUUAUCUUCUUUGUCUGAAAAUGGGUUUGAUUUGCUUCACCCAUGAGAGUUUCUACAGAUUCCUCUUUUAUUCAUCAAAGCUCAUCCUAAUCUCCGUCGAGAUUACUGCCUUAGCCCUGUCCUAUCAUCUGUAUAAGGGGGUUCGUCAUUUAUUGACGGAUUUUGUUUCGUUUCGGAAGAGAGAGAGAAAGACAAAUUGA